GCAUCAUCGACUGGAAGGCCGUCUCAUCUGGCGCUCGACUAGACCAGUGAUUUUGAAGCCGUAGCGCGACUUCCACUCCACAAACUAGGAUAAAUGAAAGCGCCUGGAUCAAUAUAAUAAGUACGAUCAUCAACAAUGCGCCAAAUUUGCCAAACUGAGUGAGCGCGCACGUUUUUGUGUGGAGCGACAAACGCUCGGGAACAAGCUACUACGCAGGAGUGAUGCGACCUGAAAGAGCGCAAACAGUCGCGACUCUCGACGCCAGAAGAGUGUUCCAAGCCGCUCAGUUGGAAUGUUCAUCGAGUGCCGAUCGACUUAAAGUACCCUACAGAAAAGGAAAUUCCCGGGGGGUGGACAGAAGGAGGGAUAAAGAACUUGACGGGGGACGCGUUGGAAAGUUGGGAACGCAGAGUGGGAAAGCGCCGGGUCAAGAGGCAGACGAACACCAACAUUUUGACGAAUGUUUACUGCCAAAGCACAAGGGAUUAAAAAUUCCAAAAAAAUACGUGAGUAAUCUAGAUUGGCCAACCAGCGGGGCGGAAAAGGCACAAAUAAAGAAGAAGCGAGAGCGAGGCGAGAAAAUGGAGGGAAGAGAGGAGCAGCUUGACGUGUUUUGCUGGUUGCGAGUGAUCUUGUGUCAACACCGGCUGCCCUAUAUAAAGCGCGCAUGCCCCGCGGCCUCCCUUCCUUUCGCUCUCGAUUCUCGACUCUUUUCUACUUCCACCAUCUCUCCACCCACACUUUCCGUCGCCUGUCGCUGAUCUCUCAGUCUCCAAGAUCUUCUCAUCUUCUUCUAACUUCCUAUUUGAUCAUCUCGUCUAUCCCUCCUUCACCAUGCCUCCCAAGAAAGCUACUUCCACCGCGGCCAAGAAGUCGUCUGCCGGCCCAACCCACGCCUCCUACCGUGAUAUGAUCAAGGUCGCCAUCCUGAAU